UACGGCUCGAGUGGUUGCGGUUUUGAGUUAGUUCAAGGUCUCGCUCUCGUGAUCUCCGUGAUUUUGAUUAAAUCGCAGACGAAUCAUGGAAUCGCUAUCCCGUGCAUUGCAGCCGUACAAGGAAUUGGUGGGAAAUGUAGCCGCUAUCGUUACAGUCCUGCAGAUGUUCAGCGGUGGUUUCGUGUGCAACGACAUUCGGAAGAAGGGCACCUCGGACGGCUUCUCGCCGAUGCCAUUCCUCGGCGGUUGUGGACUCGGGAUUCUCUUCCUGAAGCAUGCCCUGUUGAUGGACGAUCCGGCCAUGAUUCGGGCCAAUGUGGUGGGCCUGGGAAUAAGCGUGGCUUACUCGGUGUUCUUUUACCUCUACACGCCACGGCAGAGCAAGGCUGACUUUUGGAAACAGCUUGGAACGGUCGGAGCGGUGGCGAUGGCCAUGUUGGCCUACGCGCAAAUUGAGAAUGCCGAACUGGUGGAGGAUCGAUUCGGGCUGAUCCUAACGGUGCUGUUGUUGAUGCUGAUUGCGCAACCGUUGUUUGGUUUGCCGGAAAUUAUUCGCAAGAAGAGCACUGAGGGACUCCCGUUUCCGAUGAUCCUGUCCGGUACGGUAGUUGGCUGCAUGUGGCUGCUCUACGGGAUCAUCCUCAACAAUACGUUUGUCAUUUUCCAAAACCUGGCAGCCGUUUCGCUGAGUGGAGUCCAGUUGGCGCUGUUUGUGAUAUAUCCUACGAAGGAUGCGAAGAAGAAAAAGCAAUAAGCACGCGUUUUUGCUAGUCAUUGACAAAGCCUUAUCUCUUGAGUGUCUACUCAGUUCUCGUUAUAUCGUAGAUAUGCAUUCGGAUGGUAUUAAAUACACUUAGAAAUGAAUAGGGGUAUUUCUGAUAUGUUUGU